AUCAGGGCAGAUCACGCGAGUUCUUCAGUCUUCACCAGAGAGAAGAGAAGCAGAUCCAAGUGCUGUGUUGAGAUCUUCAUCAUGUCGUGCUGCGGUGGCAACUGCGGGUGCGGAUCCGGCUGCAAGUGCGGCAACGGCUGCGGAGGGUGCAAGAUGUACCCUGAGAUGGACGAGGGGGUGACCACCUCUCAGACUCUCAUCAUGGGAGUUGCGCCCUCUUCCAAGGCAUCGUUCGAGGACGCGGCCGCCGCCACCGGAGCAGAGAACGGAGGCUGCAAGUGCAACCCGUGCACCUGCAACCCGUGCACCUGCAAGUGAUCCAUAUGAUUUCAGUUAAGCACGAUGGAUGGAUCAUCGAUGAGUGUGGAGCGGUACUAGUAUGUGAGUCGCGCGUGGUUUGUGUCUUGUGUCAUGAAUAAGACGAGAUCCAUCGGUCGAUUGGCGUAUAAGUACACCUAUGUAUGUCUACCAGCAACUUCUGUACUUGUUCCAAGACCGUUCCGUCAUGUGGCUUGAUAAAUAAUAUGGAUUUUCCAACUA